AGGUAUUGUCUGCUUCAUUAGCUAUAUAAUUAAAGGCUUUUGAAUUAAUUGUUAAUUUAGCAACAAUGUUUCGGCAUAGAGUUUGGGUGUUGUGUGUUCUUGUGAUAUCUGCAACAUGCGGAGAGGAACUGAACAAUAAAACGUUUCCAGGAUAUUUUAUAUUCGGUACAGCUACAGCAUCCUACCAAGUCGAAGGUGCAUGGAACGAGGAUGGCAAAGGACAAAACAUUUGGGAUAAUUUUACGCACGAGGAUCCAUCACGAAUUUUUGGUAACGCUAACGGCGAUGUAGCCUGCGACUCUUAUCACAAAUACAAGGAAGAUGUGGCUCUAUUAAAGGAUUUGGGAGUUGAUCAUUAUCGUUUUUCUAUUUCGUGGUCCAGAGUCUUACCUACAGGAUACAGUAAUGAAGUAAAUGAAGCCGGUGUUAAUUAUUACAAAAACCUGAUAAAAGAAUUAAAUGACAACGACAUAUUUCCCCUAGUCACCAUGUUCCACUGGGAUACCCCACAACCUUUAGAAGAUAUAGGUGGCUGGACCAAUGACACUAUCAUCGAUAGAUUCGUGGACUAUGCUCAGUUCCUCUUUGAAACUUUUGGUGACGAUGUUCAGAUGUGGCUGACUUUUAACGAACCAAAACAAACCUGCAAUGGAGGAUAUGGAAACGGAAUUCUUGCACCCGGUAUCCAAUCGCCUGGCGUAGGGGAAUACUUGUGUACCCAUAACGUGAUCAAAGCUCAUGCUGCAGUAUGGCAUUUGUAUGACGAAAAAUACAGACGGCGUCAAAACGGUCACCUUGGAAUAACUCUUGACUGUUUUUUUGGUGAGCCAGAUAGUGACAGUCAGGAAGAUAAAGAUGCUGCCGAAAGAAUGUUGCAAUUUAAUUACGGUUGGUACGCCAAUGCAAUUGUGAAUGGCAAUUACCCAAAAGUAAUGAGAAAUGUGAUAGCCAGAAGAAGUGCUGCGCAAGGCUUAUCAAAAUCUCGUCUACCAGACUUUACUUCAAAAGAAAUUCAAUUCAUUAAAGGUUCCUUUGAUUUUCUUGGUUUGAAUUACUACACAGUAAAUAUGGUCAAAGCAAGAGGAAGCGAAGUUCCUGUGGUUUCCAGCUGGGAAAAAGAUAUGGAAGUAGAUAUCUACCUGAAAGAGGAAUGGCCCAAAUCGUCUUCCUCUUGGUUAAGGAUUGUGCCAUGGGGUAUGAGGAAAAUGCUGAAUUGGAUGAAAAAAACAUACGGAGAUGAUACGGAAAUAUUUAUUACUGAAAAUGGUGUAUCAGAUGACGGUUCUUCCUUGGACGAUCAAAUCAGAAUCGAUUAUUAUCAGCAACACAUAAGUGGUGUUAGAGAUGCUCUAGACGAUGGUGUUAACGUUAUUGGAUACACAGCUUGGAGUUUGAUGGAUAACUUCGAAUGGAUCAGAGGAUAUUCUGAGUGUUUUGGACUUUACCAAGUAAACUUUACUGACGCAGAUAGACCGAGGACGCCAAAGAGGUCAGUAGAAUUCCUCAAGAAAGUUAUGACCACAAGGUGCGUUACAGAUGUUUGUGAAGACUAUUAAUAAGUAGAAAGAAAUUGUUUGUAAAUAUGAAUGUUGGAUUUCUGUUAUUCAGAUUCAAUUUUUUCAGAUUAACAACUAAUUUUUUGUUACUUCUUGUACCUUUCAAAACGGCCUCUGAUCUGGAGGGCGAAUUGUCAAAAUAAAUUAUUUGAAAUUUUUUAAA